AUGAAUGGAUUCUCGGAACGCGUUCGUAUCUCAUAUGGAAUCCUGUGCUCGAUCGGUUAUGGACUGGGGUUGAUUCUGACGUUCUUCGCUCUUUCAAUUAUGAAAAUGGCUCAACCAGCUCUCAUCUAUUUGGUACCAUGUACACUGGUUCCCAUAUGUCUAAUGGCUUGCAUGAGAGGGCAAUUCCGCUUGCUAUGGGACGGUGCUGAUGAUCCUACUGAUGCAACGCCUCUCAAAACCAAAUACAGACGAAGAUACGGGCCUCCAGGGUGA